AUGACUUCAUUCUUCGGGCGCCUCAAGUCCAAUGCCCCAUCAAAUCCCGCGGUUACCACACUCAUCAAGAAGGAGGAACCGACACCACUAGAGAAGCUCCUAGCGAAUGCUGGCCCUCUGCGGGGCGACGGCAGCGACAAGUUCUUCGGCUUCGAGAACGUGAGUGCUCGCAAUGACUGCUCUUCAGCCGACAGCUACUGCAACUCAAUCGUACAGUGUCUGUACUACUCAGUGCCCUUUCGGGACCAGGUCAUCAAUUUCCCCGCACGAUCUCCCCCAGAAGCGCUCGAGCGACCGUCGUCAUCAUCACUCCCGAAGAUCAACACGAACCUGCCCAAUGGCCAAGCCUCCGCACUCUCGCCAGCCGGGCGCACUUCGCUGUCGAGCCCCAAUUCGAGAACACCCGCGAAGCCUGUGACGACUCCAGGUGCCACGAAUGGCCCGCCGGGUACAAAACCCGAAGACAACAAGGAUUCGCCCGAGUACAAGAAAAAGCAAGCUCUGGCGGCUGGACCGGUGCUGCAGAUGGACUACGAGAAUGCAAAGGCAUAUGGCAUGAACGAGUCAUUAUUCUCUUCACUAAAGGACAUAUUCGAGGCUGUCAUCGCGCAUCGAUCGCGGAUUGGCGUCGUGAGCCCGCACAAGCUGCUCGAGAUACUACGGCGUGACAACGAAAUGUUCCGAACACCGAUGCACCAAGACGCACACGAGUUCCUAAACCUGCUAUUGAACGAAGUCGUCGAGAACGUAGAACAAUUCUCCAAGUCGCGCGUGACAGAAGUAUCGGAAUCACAACCAACUGAGAACGGUCUCUCAGUCACCUCAGGUGCUGUGGUCCCAGAUCGAAGUUCGACCGUGUCGCAGAUAAACUCGGGAUGGGUCCAUGAACUGUUCGAGGGCACGCUAACAUCAGAGACACGAUGUCUCACUUGUGAAAACACGUCACAAAGGGACGAGGCGUUUCUCGACUUGUCGGUCGAUCUCGAGCAACAUUCGUCCGUCACGAGCUGCUUGCGGAAAUUCUCCGAAGAAGAAAUGUUGUGCGAGCGGAACAAGUUUCACUGCGACAACUGCGGAGGUCUUCAAGAAGCGGAGAAGAGGAUGAAGAUUAAGCGAUUACCGAAGAUCCUAGCAUUGCAUCUGAAGCGCUUCAAGUAUACCGAGGAUCUGCAGCGAUUACAAAAGUUGUUUCACCGAGUCGUAUACCCAUUUUAUCUUCGGCUUUUCAAUACUACAGACGACGCGGAAGACCCAGACAGGUUAUACGAGCUGUAUGCAGUUGUUGUGCACAUCGGAGGUGGCCCCUACCAUGGUCACUACGUAUCGAUAAUCAAGACCCAGGACCGGGGCUGGCUGCUGUUUGACGAUGAGAUGGUGGAGCCCGUAGAUAAAGCAUACGUCAGGAAUUUCUUUGGUGGAGAAGGCGUCCUAGCGUGCGCGUAUGUCUUGUUUUACCAAGAGACUACCGAGGAAGCUAUGAUGAAGGAGCAAGAAGCAGAAGGCCUGGCCGCGGCAAAGCAAGCUACCGAGAUGAACCAGGAGACUGUCACAACACCAAAGGCGAACGGGGCCCCGAACGGCUUCCACCAUCCGAUGUACAAUGCAACAACGCCGACAGUCGAAGAAGAAGACCAAUUCGCUAGCCUUGACCACGCAGCUACCGCACCUGCUCUCGCACAUGUUCCGACGCGAAACGAUCAUCAUCCCGUAGAACACGUUACAACGAACGUACCUGCUCUCGCCCCGAAAAAAAGCAUGAACUUGUUCAAGAAGGGUGGCAAAGAGGAAAAGGAACGGAAGGCCGCCGAGAAGGAGCUCGAGAAGCAAGCAAUCCAAAAGCGAAAAGAGAUGGAAACACAACGCCGCGAGAAUUACCGCAGACAAGAAGAAGAGCUCCGCGCUGCACUCGCAGCAAGCAAGGAGUCGGCAGCUAUGGAAGAGAAGGGCCGUGUAAACGGCGAGAAUACCGAGCCAUCAGCAGAGACAAAGCCGGCAAACGGCAAGGCCGUUAGUGGACUCAGCCGUUUCAGGCAUUCCUCCAUGAGUCUGCGAGGCAAGCCUAAGUUCUGGGGUGGCAAGGACAAGGACAAAACGGACAGCGCUGACGAGACACACCAUACUGAGGGCGAAGACAAGGGUGAAGAAAAGGAAGGCAAGAAUCGAUUCAGCCUUGGGCGCAAAAAGAGCACGUUCAAGUUCUAG